AUGUCAACACUCGCAGAGGGUUCCCCCAAUCGCCAGCGUUUUUUUGUAUACGCCCCUGACAAGACAGAGGAAGGGACUUUUGAACGGAGACUCUCCGUGAGGCCAACCCAUCUUGAAACAGCAAAAGAACGAACUUUGAAGGGAAUCAUUCGAAUUGGCGGAGCAUUGCUCACACCGGAGUCUAUCGCAACUCCCACCGCCGACAAGAAGAUGAUUGGAUCUACGUUCAUUUGCGAAGCAGGUACCAUUGACGAAGUGAAGGCGUUGAUUCAAUCUGACAUCUACUAUACAGCGGGCGUGUGGGACGCUGAUAAAAUUGUCAUUUUGCCGUUCGCCGCUGCCACUCCGAUACCUUGA